AUGAAGGAUAACCGCGUUCAGUUCAUCCCGUCCCAGCUCUUGGCCGGGACGUCGCCUGCCCUGCAUCUCGCAGAGAACCUCGCGGCGUUUCCCCUCACCAAGAGCAUCCCCGAUGCACCCGCCUGCCACUCAUCAGCGCCCCGUCCCGACACACCCAAGCGUCCAGGCUCCUCGACGACGCCCGCCACAAUACCCGCGACGAUAGAGCCGGCCGAACCCGCCGAGCCAGCAGCCACGCUAUCGCCCCCCGCCUCAAGCCCGCUAUCGUCUGGGUCGGAUGUGUCGGGCGGCAAGGAGAAUGUCCAGAGUGCCCAGCCUGAAUCAGACUCGGCCGAGUCGCUCGACCCGGACGCCAAUGCCCCGGAGAGCGUGAGUGUGGAACUCUCGGCCGAGGAUGCGCGGGACCAGGUGCUGGUCGCCGUCGUGGCGAGUCUCAUCAUCCUGGGAAACCGCCCAAGCACUCCCAAGGAGCUUGCCGCACACAUCCUGAGACACCGCAUGACGACACUCGGGGGCAAGACGCCCUAUGCGACCGUGUCCUCCCGAAUCUCCCAGCACUUCAAGCGGAGCAACGAAAAGAACCGUGCGCCGAUCCUGGGCAAGAUCGGCGAGCCCUACUCACCAAAGUCCAAGACGGGCCAACCGCGCAAAUGGCGCUACUACGUCGAUGCCCCGGGCAUUGCUGUUGGAGAAGUGGACCACUCGGUACCACAGCCGGUUUUUCGGCCAUCGGCCAACGGCCAGGACUAUGAGCCUGUCCCCAUGCCCGAGAGCACGUUGCCUGCGUCCAAGCAUCAGCAUCGGUUUGCCACCAGUCUGGUGGAGCCGAACUCGACCGCCCGCGGGGCGAAAACCCUGCAUGUGAUCAAGAACCCCUCGAUACUGUUCUCUGGAGGCGAGACGGAUGCGCUUGUCUCUGGGGCGCGGCUAUGUCCCCAAGGCGUCUCGCUGGUGCUGCAUCGCAUUCCUGCCUGUUCAGACGGCAUCCUGGCGGCUCACUCGCUGCCUGGCAGUGGUAGUCCAUCCAAGGCGGCGACUGGAGCGUCGGCCAUGUCGUCUGCCGUACUGGCCGACUCGAACCACGGCCACGCUCCUCGACUGCAGCUUGCACACCAAAAAGUACCGCUGAAGAAACGGCGGAGGCACGACAAACUCGACGACCACCACAAAAAGUCCAAGCCCGAAGCUGCCAAGCGAACGCAUUUGGGCUGA